UGCAGCUGCAGCCGAUUCAUUUCGAUGAUGCGCCUAUCGAUCGGAGUGUAUCGAGUCGACGGACAUGUUUGUAAUCACAAGCUCUCAUUUCUCAGUGACUCAGACUCAGCAGUUGGUUUGGAGGGAAGUAUAGCCAUCGAGGAAAAAGGUGUAGGAGAUCCGGAGUCGGUUCGGAGACUUGACUGAUCAGUAACCAAAAUCAUGAUGAUGCCGCAAAUCACGUUAAGUUGCGCCUAGAUUGAAUUGUCGACCUGUCUCUCCCAUCUUGUUCAUCCAAUCAAUCCCUAGCUUGCUUGAGAAUUCACCAGCAUACCACGGGUACCAGGAUUUUAGGUUUGUGACGCUUUAUGCCAUCUUCGGUUCGGUUAUAUAUAUAUAAAGAGAGAGAGAGAGAGAAUCGCUCUUUUAGUGGAACUGGAAUCAUUUUGAUACACAGUUGUUUAGCUUCAAGAAGAAAGAAGAGCAUCCAUUUAUGGAAAAACUGGGGGAUGAUGAAAUAGGGUUGGUUCUUAGCCGGGUUUUCGAUCUCAAUGAUAGGAAGUCCUGUGCACUGGUCUGUAAGCAGUGGUUGAGGGUGGAGGGUCUGACACGUUCCUCACUACGAGUCUUAGAGCCCAAGCUCCUCCAUAAAUUCUUACCCAGGUUCCCAAAUUUGGCCACUUUCGGAGCAGGUAGAGGCAUUACUGAUACAGACCUCGAAUUUGUAGCCCAAACAUGCCCAAAUCUUCGGGUGCUUAACUUGAAUCUUCGACAGACAAAGAGGGUUCUUGAGGAAUUCGAUGCGUUGGGCUUAGACGACGUCGGGGACGAUGGGAUCUCUGCGGUUGCAACUGGGUGUCGGAGUUUAGCCAAGGUUUGUUUGCGGCGUAGGAGGGGAAUUGGGAAUGUUGGGGUUAUUACUCUUAUAAAAUCAUCCCAGAAUUUGACUGCUUUGGAUUUGACCAAGUGUGAGAAGGUGACGGAUCAAGCUCUUGAAGCCAUUGGAGCUGCGACUUCGUUGCAGGUUCUCAACUUGCAGGGCUGUUCAUUGGUUACUGAUUGGGGGUUGGCUUCAUUGGCCACGGGAUCUUCCUCGAGAACGUUGAAGAAAUUGGUACUAGCUGAAUGCGAUCAAAUCACAGAUGUUGGGGUAUCACUGUUGCAGCAGAUGUAUCAGCUGGAAGAAUUGAACUUGGCGGAAUGCGGCCCCAAAGUCACCGACGUGGGAGGCGUAGCAAUAGCGGCCAUCCACACACUUGAGCGACUGGACUUCUCGUGGCUGAUCAACAUCUCAGACGUAACACUGGUUGCAGUUGCUCAGAACUGCUGCAAUCUUGUUGAGAUGGACGUGACCGGCUGUGAAUUGAUAACAGGGGCAGGCAUUCGAGCCUUCUCAAACCAUGAAACGCUGGAAGUUCUGGUGCUGGCAUCUUGUUACAAUGUGUUUGGGGAUGAUGUGGAGCAGACGGUGGUGGAAUGCCAGUCAUUGAAGUAUGUUGGGCUGGAUAAAGGACUGAGGAUGUGGAUGCCCACGGUGAUGCAAGACAACAUCAGGAGGUUCUGUAUAUUGGCCUGGCGAUGACAUCGUCCCUUGUCGGUUAGCAACCGGCGGGUCGCAACUCGCAAGAGAAUCCUGUCACCGACUGAUCGUGGGAGAUGUAAUUUCUUCCUUUACUCUUUUUACUCUGGCGUAUUUGCCCAAUGCUCACUGCAUUGCUUUCCUUCACCUUCACCUGUUGAUGUUGUUAAAGUCGGACCGGACAGAAAGCUAGAAAGCUCACCGGAUCAACUGAACUGGGACCCAAAUGCUUACCGGGUCACACUGUAUUCGGAAUUUCAGAGUGCAUAGAGAAUUAUAGACAUCAAAAGGGUAUGUUCCUUAUUUUUUUUUAAAUGAAAAAAAGAAAACUUAAUCUCUCUGUAUCUGAUAUCAAGCCAUUUAACAUGUUAAAACAAGGUUCCAAGUAUCAUAAAUGCAAAAAGUAUUGGAAGGUCAGGA